AAAUUAAAUCGCUACUUGUUUACCUAAAAACAAACUAUUAAUCCGUUAAUAAGUUCUCAUUUCUAUCGGUCCCUCGGCUUCGUCCGCAUCCCUUGGCUUUUUCGCGUCCGCGGAGUGCGGUAACAUUGUUUGCAUUUUCGCUUUUGGCAAAGUAAAAGAUUCGCGCGUGAAAAUAUUCCGCGCAGAAAGAAGUUAACAAUCCAACUCUAAUAAUUAUAAUACAGCAACAACAAUAUAGUUAAAAGUGUCUUAAUAGUGUUGGCCACCGAACGCGUGUAAAUGUGCGCUGGAUCGCGACCCGCCAACUGUGAAAAAACCGUUUUAUUUUGCAUGUCCAAAAAGGCGUGAAAAUUUCGGCGCCUUUUGAGUUUUUGUCACUGGCUGGCUAGCUGGCUGGCGUUGUGAAAUCUCCAAAGAACCGUUGCCUCCAUCGCGAGGAUUUAUUUGUGUUGCAAUUUUCGCGAAAAUAAACUAAAGCUGCCAAUAUGCCGAUUUGCAAGCGGGACGGCUUCGACCUGAAUCAGAAGGAGGACAAGAACGUUACAUUCCAUGACAACGACCAGGUCUUUUGCUGCUACCUCACCAAGCGCAUUUUUCGCGACUACGACAAUUACUUUCGGCACGUAAUGGUGAUCAACUCGACGGUAUGGCAAUGCGAGGCCACCGGCAAGGAUAGCCUCACCUUCGAGGAGGCCCGAAAGAGCGAGCGGGCGGCCCGCAAGAAGAUGGAGCAGUUCAAACACAGCCUACGGGCACCCGUGCUACUCGUAGUGGAGCAUGCCUGCCAAUCGGCGGUCAAUACACUAAACUUGCUGGUGGCCAAGUUCCUGCGCAAGCGAUACUUUAUUGGCGAGGAGGUGACGGUGGUGGGUAAAAAGAACACCACAUACAAGGUUGUGGGCAUUAAUAUGGACCAGACCAUACCAGAGCCCAGUAAUGGCAUCUACGAGGAUACCGAUACUUUGGUCUACCGCCUGCAAGCCCUCAAGGGCGAUGCAACCACAGAGAUCGAUGUGCCCUUCAAUCAGUUGCGACGAACACGCUUGGAGUUCAACAUGGAAAACCUGGGCAUGUUCAUCAAGAGCAAUGUUACGCGCGUGGAUGGGUUGCUGCGACCUAAAGCCGAUGCCUACAAGCAGUAUGUGACGGAUAUCGGCGUGAACUUCUCUACAAUUUUCAUUGGCAAAAUGCCGCGCUAUUCCCCCUCCAAGAUCAAGAAGCCCGAUGUCAAGAAACAGUCCACGCUGAAUAAAUUCAUUGUGACCGAUGAACAAACGGUGGCCAAAUCCAAAGCCAAGGCCAAGGCGGAUGCCAAAUCCCUGGCGGAGGAAAUGGAGCGGGUGCGGCUGGAGAAGCAGGUGAGGCUGGCGCAAAUGGAGCGGGAGAAGGCAGAGAAGAAGGCGCAGCUUCUCGAGCGCGUUAAUAUCGAAUGCGAUUCGCUGCUGAGCAAGACCGAUGAUCUGGAGCGAUCCGAUCAGAAACUGCUGCCACGCUACCACCAGAUUGUCACUUUUCUGCCAGAGCGAAUGCUGGGCGAUGCCUUUAUGAUGCGCGAAUUUAUGCACACUUACGCUGGCCUCCUCUCUGGUAUUGAGGUUUUCCGCCAGAAUAUCAGCUUCUACGAGAUGACCCGGGCGCUGACUGCGCGAGAGAUUGCGGGACCGCUUUCGGACAUUCUGCUUGUACUCCUGGGCACCGUUUUCGAUCUGCAAAAGGAAGAGGAGGAGGAAUGCUCUGUGACCUAUGUGGAUCGAAUUUCCCAGCACUCGGAGCCGUUUCGCAGCAUGUCGCAGGCCGCUCAAUGUCACUACUAUUCCAAGAGGCACUUCUCUUUCAAGGUAAACGAACUGCCGCUGGAUGCAUUGACCCUCAGUGAAGUCCUUCGUUUGCAUCUCCUGGGCUCUGGAGCCGUGGUGAACGAGAAGGCAGAGCGUUGGCGGGUUAUGUACCGCAAUGGUUAUUCGUCGAAAGAGGAUCCCGGGCUGGAGCUGCGCCUCCAACACGCUCACAUUUUGCGAGCAUUGAAAAACCAACCUGUCUAUCAGCUCAAGUUCAGGGAUAUUAUGCAUUUAAUUCGAUGCCUGAUGUCCCAGAUCCUCACCUAUUCAGGAACCAUUAAUCUGAUUGAGGAGCGUCUGGAGCAGACGGCAAAGGCCAAGCAGGAGCUGCGAUCCCUCAUCUCGAACGAGAAUAAGCGCAUUGCCGCCGUGGAGGUCAACAAAAAGAAGCUAAACCAGACGCAUCAGCAGGCCAUCGGUGGCGUGGAGCCUGCCAAGAGGGAGGCCAUGGUGGAUAAGCUAAACAAGAGCAUUGCUGAACUGCACUCCCAGUCAGAGCAUCAACAUCGCAAGCACGAGCAGCAGUUGCUGCAGCUGCACUCGCAGCUGUUUAACUUUCUGGUUUAUCUGGGUAUGGAUCGGUGUUACAGGAAGUACUAUGUGCUGGAGUCCAUGCCGGGCAUCUUUGUCGAACAUUCGACGGAUAGCCUGGAUACAUGUUUGGAGCAACCGCCGCUAAACAAGUCUCAGUCGGAGAUAAGGCAUCAGGCUCAGUUGCCCAAGAAUCGUAAGGAUUUGCGGAUUUAUCUGCUGAAACUCUACGGCGAUGAUGAUAAGAGGACCAGGAGAAGCAAUAAGCAGUCGUUGGAGAACAAGGAGAAUCAGGAGCAUCGUUUGAACGGCACUGUAGAGCACAUGGAAGUGGAUGCGGAUCCUCCCACAGCUCCCACCCAAUUCGAAUUGAUGAUGUGCAGCGGUGAUAAGCGUAACUGCAUCGUUCACGACCCGAAGAAUAGCCAGCGGCAGCGAUGGUCAUACAUUUACAAGCCGGAGGAGAUCGAUGACUUGAUACGGGGUCUCAAUCCUAAUGGUCUGCGGGAAUCGGAGCUUCUGCAAGAGCUCUCAGUGAUGCGUUCGCUCAUCGAACAGCACGUUAAGACCUGCCCCACCGAUGUCCUCCAACUGGAGGGUGAAGCUAUGCGCAAGAAGUUCCUCGCCACCAUGCACGCGGAGACCAAUCGAAAGUAUGGCGAGGCUAACUUUGGAGUCCCAGAAGGCACCGAUUUGAAUGAAGUGAUGCGCCUGCAUCUGGUGGAUCGACUUCUGCAAUUCGAAACCGAUAUAUAUACGGGAGAUCUCGGCCGGCUAAAGGUCAAGGAUAUGGAGAAGUGGCGAAAUGAUUUGCUCACUGGCCAUUAUGAUCCCCAGGGCAAGGUGCAGUGGGGACCAGGCGGUAAGCUGGAGGAUGAGGUGGCCAAUGGCUCAACAGACAAUGAGUCACAUGAGGAUCAUGCGGAAGGUGCAGAUGAGGAGAAAGAUGGAGCACUGUUGGGUAAAUACGCCAAGAAAGCAUAUCGUGAUCCUGGGCAUUCCUUGGUGGCCUCAGCGGAUGAAGAACCCUCUGCAGAUAGCGAAGAUGAGGAUGAGGAGGAGGCAUUGCCCAGUGAGACUGAGAUACCCAGCGAAGUGCACAACAUGGCUUCGGCUCUGCUUCAAGUGGAGCAGGCCAUUGGCAAGCGUUUCCUUAAAGAACCAUAUGGCAUGAAGAAGUGGGAUCCCAAGCAGGAGGCUCUGAAGUUAGCCUGCGAGUCACGCCUGCAUCAGUGGGAGGUAUCGUUGAUGGCCAGCACCAGUUUUGCCCAAGUUUUCCUGCACUUUAAUGUCCUGCAUGAUUGCAUCCAGUGGCGGCGCUCCACCAACAAGUCGCUGUGCAAGGUGUGCCGGCGUGGCAGCGAUCCCGAAAAGAUGUUGCUCUGCGACGAGUGCAACGGCGGCACCCACAUGUUCUGCAUGAAACCCAAGCUAAGGAGCGUGCCGGAAGGCAACUGGUAUUGCAAGGAGUGCAUCAAGGAUCUCGGCCUGAAGAAUGCACAAAACGAAAAGGACAAGAAUCAGGCGGCAGCCAAAAAGAAGCGGAAGUUUAUUGUCGAGGAGGAUGAUGAGCCCGAGGAAGAUGAGGAGGAGGAGGAUGACAAUGAUAAUGAUGAAGGAGAGGAGGAGCAAGAGGAGGAGGAUGAAGAAGAGACAGCCGAUGACAACAAGAGCGAGGCCUCAUCUCGCACCUCAGUCAAGCUCAAUGGUCGUCCAGCGCGAGGUUUACGGACAAGUUUGCGCGGCAAGCGGCUCACAUCCAAAGAAAUUGAUGAGGAGAUCAAUGGUGAUGCACAGAGCAGCGAAGCUGGAGAUGAGGCUUCCUUGGUAGACAACGAGGAGGAGGAGGAUUCUGAAGAGGAAAAGGUCUGCCAAUCCUGCUUCUAUGACGGCAGCGAAAUCCGCUGCGUUCGCUGCAGUUUGUACUAUCACCUGGAGUGCGCGCACCUCAAGCGACCGCCACGCUCCGAGUUUGUGUGCAAAAAGUGUAAGAAUUCAGAGACACAACGUCCCAGACGCCGGCAUAGUCACAUGAAUGGUGAUAAUGACGACGAUGGCGGUGAUCAGGAUGAGCCACAGGCCAAACGCUCUCGCUCCUCCCGCACCUCAAUGCGUCUCUCUCUCGAUAAGUCCGCCCGCCAGAGCAAUGGUAAUAAUAACAAUAACAGCAGCACCAAUAAUAACAACCACCGGCGGAGCGGUCGGCGGACAAAUGAGAGCAACCUGCCAUUGAAUAGUGCCGCCUUAUACGAUCUGCUGGAGCAGAUCAUGAAGCAUAAGGCGGCUUGGCCCUUCCUGCGACCGGUGUUGACAUCGGAGGUGCCCGAUUAUCAUCAGAUCAUCAAGACACCCAUGGAUUUGGCCAAGAUCAAGUCCAAGCUAAAUAUGGGCGCCUAUCAGCUGAACGAGGAGGUUCUUAGUGACAUCCAGUUGGUGUUUAAGAACUGCGACAUGUACAACGUGGAGGGCAACGAAAUAUACGAUGCUGGCUGUCAAUUGGAGAGAUUCGUGAUGGAUUGCUGCAAGGAAAUGCAGCUGCCGUUUAAGCCCAGCGACAUGAACGAGGCGGAAGCCGCCGCUUGCUGAGUCGGCUGCCAUCAUAAAGCUGAUCUCUGCCAGCCCAUCCGAUCGUGUGUAAAUUAGUUAGCCGUAGUUCAGUUUGUUCCGUAGGCUUAAGCAUAAAAAAGCAUCAAAUUUUCCCAGACUUAAGUGUAGUUUCUAAUCUAUGUUUAAUUUUCGCAAGCAAGUUCAAAGUUCAGCGCAAGCACGCACACACACCUAGGCAAGCAAAAAUUCGUUUCUGUUGGUUUUUCAAGACAUUUGUAUUUAUGUAUUCAUAAAUUAUUGUAGACACAAGUAUAACACAGGCUCCACAAUCAAUAAAUGAAGUGAGUGAAAAAUAAA